UCACAGGUACGAGGGGAGAAAAGGAAACCAACAGGGCUCUGCCAUUUCCACGAGCAGCCGUCGCUCGCCUUCUCUAUCCUCCUCCUGGGCCGUCGCCGUGCUGCCGGCGUCACCACUCCGUCGAGAAAUCUUGCCUCCCUCCUACGCCCUAGAGCGGCCAUCGCCACCAUCUCCCAACCCCACUCCUAAUUGAUUCGGGCCGGAUCUAAGUCGGGAACGGGACGAUCGCCCUAAUUUCCAAACCCUUCUUUCCCUCUUGGUGGAUCUCGCGACCCUGCCGCCAUUUUUACCUCCCAAUCUUGAGCUCGCUCGCUUGGUCGAUCGAUCUUGGAAUUCUCUCUGUCCUCUGGAUGAGCUUGCUGGCCAUCGACUAGAUCUUGAGGCUGGUCAACAUGAUGAGUUCCGGACGGAGUAAAGGUAUUUUUGAUGGGCUGCCCAUUCCUGCUGAUAAGUCUUAUUUGAGAGAAGGGCUUUCUCAAACAGAUGAAAGUUGGGCAGCUGCACGUUUUGAUUCUCUGCCUCAUGUUGUGCAUAUUUUAACAUCGAAGGAUCGCGAAGGUGAAAUCCAGUUCUUGAAGGAACAAAGCGAUCUCAUCGAGGAUGUUGUUGAUGAAGUUGUACAUUCAUAUCAUCAUGGUUUCAAUAAAGCAAUUCAAAACUACUCCCAAAUCCUGCGUUUGUUUAGUGAAUCUGCUGAAAGCAUUUCUGUGCUAAAGAUCGAUAUGGCAGAGGCAAAGAAACUUCUAGGUUCUCGAAGCAAGCAGUUGCGUCAAUUGUGGUAUCGAUCGCUUACACUACGUCACAUUCUAUCUCUGCUGGAUCAAAUCGAGGGUGUGGCCAAGGUUCCUGGUCGCAUCGAGAAGCUGAUCAUAGAAAAACAGUUAUAUGCUGCUGUUCAGUUGCUUGUCCAGUCAACAUUGAUGCUAGAGAGGGAGGGCCUUCAAGUGGUUGGUGCUCUUCAAGAUGUUCGAUCUGAAUUAACAAAGUUGCGUGGGGUUUUGUUCUAUAAAGUUCUUGAAGAUUUGCACAAUCAUCUUUACAAUAAGGGUGAAUACAGCUCAACUACAUUGAGCAUUCCUGAGAGAGAUGAUGAAAUACCAACUACCACUGCCGUUGGGCUCUCAGUAAGCAGUUCACAGCCUCUAUCUAGGAGAACCAGAUCAUUGAAAGGCGAUAAUCACAUUGGUGGACCUGAUGGAUCUUACAGGCCAGGGUCUGUUGAUGCCGGCUCUUCAUUUGAUGGUCACGAUGAUGAGAGUAGUAUGGAGUUACUUGAUGGUGGUGCCUCUGAUGGUGUUCUUCAAUCAGUGAAGGCCCAUGCUGGUGAUGGACAUGUUAAGAGUAUUUCUCGUCAUAUUCCAACAUGGCUUUCAUAUGCCACACCAGAUGAAUUUCUUGAAUCAAUGAAAAAGAGCAAUGCCCCUACCCACGUGAAAUAUUUACAUACGUUGGUAGAGUGCCUGUGUAUGCUUGGCAAAGUUGCAGCUGCUGGUGCUAUAAUAUGUCAAAGACUGCGUUCUACCAUUCAUGAUGUGAUUACUUCAAAAAUAAAAGAACAUGCAGUACAAAAUUCAUCGAGGUCAUGCACGAGUCAGGUUACCAGAACAGCUACUUCUGACUCGUAUUAUUCUAAAGGAUUGUUAGAUAGCUACCAUGUGCUGAAACAGAAGCAUAGGAAUGGGGCAUCAUCUGUGGGGACACAAAUGGCUAUUAGUCCAGUCUCUCCAGCAAUGACACCUAUGGGCACAGCACAGUCAGCAGCCAGCGAACUUCUUAGCUUGAUAUUAGAUUCUGUCAUUCGUAUACUUGAGAACCAUAUUAUUGUUGGCGAGCUUCUGGAAUCAAAAUCAUCUCAACAAGGUGACAGUAUAAACACACCUAAAUCCAUAAGUGGUGACCCAAGCUGGAAUCCAGAUUCUGAAUCUUCUCAAGUUACUGGAGGCUUUACUGUGGGCUUUUCCUUGACAGUCAUACAGAGUGAAUGCCAACAACUCAUAUGUGAAGUUUUAAGGGCAACCCCGGAAGCUGCAACUGCAGAUGCUGCUGUUCAAACAGCUAGACUUGCAAACAAGGCCCCUGUAAAGGAAAAAAGGGAUGGAUCAGAAGGCCUUUCUUUUGCCUUUCGAUUUACAGAUGCAGCUGUAUCAAUGCCUAACCAAGGUGCUGGUCAAGGAUGGCGGAGGGGUUCAAAUGUGCAACAAGAAGGAUAUGGAACUGCAGCUGUUCUUCCUGAUCAGGGAAUUUAUCUAGCAGCAUCAGUUUAUCGCCCAGUUCUCCAGUUUACUGACAAAAUUGCAUCAAUGCUGCCGAAUAAGUAUUCACAACUUGGGAAUGAUGGUCUGUUAGUAUUUGUAGAGAACUUUUUGAAGGAUCAUUUUUUGCCAGCAAUGUUUGUCGAUUACCGAAAAUGUGUCCAACAGGCUAUAUCAAGUCCAGCAGCAUUCAGGCCACGGGCUCAUGCUGCUUCAGUGUAUAGCCCAGUAGUCGAUAGGGGCCGUCCUGUAUUGCAAGGCCUUUUAGCUACUGAUUUCUUAGCAAAAGAGGUGCUUGGCUGGGCACGUUUAAUGCCAAAAUAUGCAGGGGAACUUGUUGAAUAUGUGCAAACAUUCCUGGAACGUGCUUAUGAAAGAUGCCGAACUUCAUACAUGGAGGCUGUUUUAGAAAAGCAGAGCUAUAUGCUUAUUGGGAGGAACGAUAUCGAGAGCUUGAUGCGACUUGACCCAUCAAAUGCUUAUUUACGAAAAUCCUCGGGGCAACCUUUUCUUGAAAACAAUGUUCCGGAUGCAGAAACUGUUGAAGUGGAGACAGAAAUGAGUGACUUAUUAUUGAGCUUGCGUCCAAUCAAGCAGGAAAACUUAAUCCGUGAUGAUCAUAAACUCAUUUUGUUGGCAUCUCUUAGCGAUUCUUUGGAAUGUCUAGCGGAUUCCAUUGAAAGGCUUGGAGAGUCUUUUGUAGGAGUGCCCACUGAUGCAGAUGAGAAGACCCGUGCUAAGCCAGCUAAUCACCCUGAACGGACUACAAGUGCAAUUCCUAAAAACCUUGCAUCUCUUGCUGAUGAAUAUAAGAGAUUGGCGAUUGAUUGUCUCAAGGUUCUACGAUUGGAAAUGCAAUUAGAAACAAUUUUUCACAUGCAGGAAAUGACCAAUAGGGAGUAUGUGGAAGAUCAAGAUGCAGAAGAACCUGAUGAUUUUAUUAUUUCACUUACAGCACAGAUUACUCGUUGGGAUGAGGAAAUAGCACCAUUUGUUGGAGAGUCAAAGAGGAAUUAUAUAUUUGGUGGAAUAUGUAGUGUUGCAGCAAGUGCAUCUAUCAAGGCUCUAGCUGAAAUGAAAUCCAUUAACCUAUUGGGAGUCCAGCAGAUAUGCAGAAAUUCCAUUGCAUUGGAACAGGCUCUGGCAGCCAUACCUCCGAUAGACAAUGAAGCAGUCCAACAGAGACUAGAUCGUGUUCGGACAUACUAUGAGCUUUUAAAUCUGCCAUUCGAGGCCUUGCUUGCAUUUAUCACAGAACAUGAGUACCUCUUUACAGCAAAAGAGUAUUCCAGCCUCCUAAAGAUCGAUGUCCCAGGCAGAGAAAUUCCAGCUGAUGCAGAGCAGCGUCUCAAUGAAAUCUUGAGUCAAUAGUCUUUCUGACAGAAUUGAAGCUGGAUUUGUCAUUUCAUAAGCCUGCAUGAGCUUUGCAUGCGAUACAGAUCAAUGUGAUGAUAACAAUAUGGCAAGCACCUGCCAUGCAUAAGCAGCAGCAUUUAUGCAGACCACUUGGACUACAAGUCGAUAGCUACAUAUCUGAAAAUUUUAAAUUUUUUCUGCAUCUUGUUGUCCAUAUUGAUUUUAUUCUCUGAAGUAUUGAUAUAAGGUUAAUGUUAUUUUUGUUUUUGACAUAUUCUUUUGUCAUUGUCAUUAAGUACUGCUUUGGUUGUAUUCAAUGUCGAUUCAUUUCUUCACUACGGUUUUCAGUGGGGAUUUUUUGUUGGUAA